UUACCUAUUCAAGACAUGGAUAUCAAAAACUCACCAUCUAGCCUUAACUCUCCUGCCUCCUACAACUGCAGUCAACCCAUCCUACCCCUGGAGCAUGGCCCCAUAUAUAUACCGUCCUCCUACGUGGAGAGCCGCCAUGAAUAUUCAGCCAUGACAUUCUAUAGCCCUACUGUGAUGAAUUACGGUAUUCCCAGCAGUGCCAGUAACUCCGAAGGUGGACCUGGUCGACAGACCACAAGCCCAAAUGUGUUGUGGCCAACCCCUGGACACCUCUCUCCCUUAGCGAUCCAUUGCCAGUCGUCGCUUCUGUAUGCAGAACCUCAAAAGAGUCCUUGGUGUGAAGCAAGGUCACUAGAACCCACCUUACCUGUACACAGAGAGACACUGAAAAGGAAGGUUAGUGGGAGCAGUUGUGCCAGCCCUGUUACUAGUCCAAGUUCAAAGAGAGAUGCCCACUUCUGUGCGGUCUGCAGCGAUUACGCAUCUGGAUAUCACUAUGGAGUCUGGUCGUGUGAAGGAUGUAAGGCCUUUUUUAAAAGAAGCAUUCAAGGACAUAACGAUUAUAUUUGCCCAGCGACAAAUCAGUGCACGAUAGAUAAGAACAGGCGCAAAAGCUGCCAGGCCUGCCGACUUCGGAAGUGCUAUGAGGUCGGGAUGGUGAAGUGUGGCUCCCGGAGGGAAAGGUGUGGCUACCGUGUCGUGCGAAGGCAGAAGAGCUCCGAGGAGCAGCUGCGCUGCGCCAGCAAAGCCAAGAAAGCCGGGGGCCACGUGACCCGCGUGAAGGAGCUGCUGCUGAGCGCCCUGAGCCCCGAGCAGCUGGUGCUCACGCUCCUGGAGGCGGAGCCGCCGCACGUGCUGGUGAGCCGCCCCAGCACCCCCUUCACCGAGGCCUCCAUGAUGAUGUCCCUGACCAAGCUGGCCGACAAGGAGCUGGUGCACAUGAUCGGUUGGGCCAAGAAAAUCCCAGGCUUUGUGGAGCUCAGCCUGUAUGACCAAGUGCGCCUCCUGGAGAGCUGCUGGAUGGAGGUGCUGAUGGUGGGGCUCAUGUGGCGCUCCAUUGACCACCCCGGCAAGCUCAUCUUUGCUCCAGACCUCAUUCUGGACAGGGAUGAGGGGAAAUGUGUAGAAGGAAUUCUGGAAAUCUUCGACAUGCUCUUGGCAACGACUUCAAGGUUCCGUGAGUUAAAACUCCAACACAAAGAGUAUCUCUGUGUCAAGGCCAUGGUCCUCCUCAACUCCAGUAUGCACCCGUUAGUCGCAGCAAGCCAGGAGGCUGACAGCAGCCGGAAGCUGACUCACUUACUGAACGCCGUGACCGAUGCUCUGGUCUGGGUGAUUGCCAAGAGCGGGAUUCCCUCCCAGCAGCAGCCAGUCCGCCUGGCUAACCUCCUGAUGCUCCUUUCUCACGUCAGACAUGCCAGUAACAAGGGCAUGGAACACCUGCUCAACAUGAAGUGUAAAAACGUGGUCCCAGUCUAUGACCUGCUGCUGGAGAUGCUGAAUGCCCACACGCUUCGCGGGCACAAGUCCUUGGUCACAGGGUCCGAGUGCAGCCCGGCAGAGGAGAGUAAGAGCAAAGAGGGCUUCCAGAACCUCCAGUCUCCUCAGUGAUGCCCAUCCUGGGGCGAACAGGCCACAGAGGAGGGAACGUUAGAAGAGAGCAUUCACUCGGAAUCCCGGGAGGGAACUGGCAAUUCCUAGAGAGGACGGUGUGGGCGAGCCUGGGGCUGCACAGUGAGUGUGCACACGUUGUCCUGUGUCCCCCACCCCUCCCCCGUCCCCUCUGUGUGGCCUCAGGCCUGUCACAUUCAUACUGUCUACUGGGACCAUUACAGAGGAUUCAACCCUAACAUCAUUUUGAGGAGAUUUUUCUUAAACACUUGAGGUGGGAAUGGAAGAUUGUCAGUCUAAUAACAAAUCUAGAGGGUCUCAACUGUAUUAAAAACAAAACAAGGCAAAUCAACAAAAGUUCUGCAGUGAGACAAUCUUUAUCUGGAUUAUUUCACCUGCCGACUGAGCUAGAAGGCAAUUAUUCUAGAGUUCAGUAAAAAGACAUGAGUUACCAGUUCUUGGCAGAGUGACUUAUAUAAUCAUAUAAGUAAGCUAGGUUGAAGCAAAUCUAGAAUAUUCUAGCAUGUGAAAAGUUUGGUUUUUAUUUAAAUCAGCUAAGGAGCUUGCAUAUAGGGACACUUUUUCAAAUUCAAGGUGCACCUUCAGUAUAUAGGUCUGUUUUGAAACAAAAUGUUUUUUAUUGAGUAAGAUUUGACCCAUUUCUUUAAGCUGCUGAAAGCCUUUUAGAAAACAUAAUAAAGGUUACGUGAAGGAAAUGAUAAAAAUACAUCAUUUAGUACCUAAAAAUAACACUUGUGGAACACUUACUGUGUGCCACAGUUCUCCAUGCCUCAUACUUCUGCAUUUACUCUUCAUAAUAAUUACCGUUAUCCUAAUUUUCUGGCUCUGGAAAACAGAGGGUACAAGCAAACUUGCUCAAGGUCACACAGGGCAGUUAGUGACAGAGCUAAACACAAGUAAAGUUCCAAAGCUUAAAGUAAUCAUGCAGUUUAGUUAAAAACAAAACAACACACACACCAAAAAAAACUCCAAAACACUAAAGAAAUAUUUUUAUUUUAUUUUUUUUUUAAAAUGAUAUGAUUUUUAAAA